GUUUUCAAUAAACACACGUAGAAAAUGGAAGCUUGGGAGCUCUAUCUGAUCAUUUCCGUGAUUGCAGUGAUUUCAUCUGCACGGUAUAAAGAUCAUCCAAAGGUGACUCUGAUUCUGCUGCAACAGAGGGAACCCGUGUACACUGGAGACAAUGUGACUCUGGAGUGCAUCGUUGAGGAGGACACUGAUAUGUGGAUACAUCGAUGGUUCAAAAAUGGUGAUAAAAUCAGGAUGGAAACUAAUGAAAGCACUCAAAUAUUUCAGUCUGUGACUCAGUCUGACAGUGGAGAGUACCAGUGUGAUGCCUACAGAUAUGAUACUCGCCAGAUCUCACAGCCCAGCAAUGCUGUCAUAGUGAAUGUUCAUGAAAGGACGGCCACAUUAAAGGUGAUUUCUGGGCGUACAGAUGGACGGAUAUAUGUAGGAGAUGAAGUCCACCUGCUCUGUCUUCUUCCAGGCGAUUUAUUUGCCUGGAGAUAUGAGCUACAGAAGAUCGGAGAUGAAGACUCUAACAAAACACAAAGGGAGCAGAGCUUCACCAUCGAGCCUGUGAGUCUCUCACAUAGUGGAGAGUACAAGUGUCGGGCUUCAAAAGAAGAGCUUUAUACGAAUUUUAGUGACCCUGUUCAGUUACGUGUGUCAGAUUUUUCAACCCAGAAUUACUUUCGACUUGGAGCAGCAGGGCUGGUGCUGAUUGUGCUGGUAAUCAUUAUGAGCAAGUGUUUCUGGAACAUGGUGCUCCCAGUUGGUGGAUCAAGUGGAGAUGCGUAUACUUCAGGACAAAGAAGGUCGGAAAGUAAUUUGAAUUAGUAAAAGACACGAAGAACGACCAUGAUUUCCUGAAUAACUCUUCUGUGGUGAUACCAACUUACCCUUAACAUUUACAUUUUUAUAAAAAUCUUAGCAUCUGCAGAUUUAAAAAAAAAAAAAAUCUUACUGAGCUGGAGACCAUCAUGGCACAGCCCUGUGAUGGCCGGUUGCAAUGUCUGACAUACCAAGCGAUUCAGUACAAUUGGUCUGUGUGAUGGUCCAGGUUGGCUUCACAGUCCAUGGCAGCUUAAACCUGGAAUCGUCGAUAGUCAUAGGUCAAGGAUGAGCCGGGCAAAUGAGGACACACACAGU